GAGAAGGUCUCCCCUCGGUCACCGACAAACCAGGCUGGCUAUGUGUGCCCAAAGAUUGCACGCGCAAAGCGCAACCUGUCGCUACCCUGGCUGUCACAAAGGCACAUGGCAGAAUCCUGAUGGCUCGUACUCCCCUUUCUGCUCAAAGAAGCAUAGGGACGUUAUGCAACAGUCUAAUGGACACGGUCCUAGUGUAGGCGGCGCGAAGCUUUGUAAGAAUUGCCACUCACGCCCGGUGUAUGUCGACGUCAAUCGCACGCACGACUUUUGUGGCCAGCGUUGCAGCGCACAAUACCAGGCAGGGGGAGGAACACAGAAAAAGCUCUGCAAGAACUGUCACUCGCGACCUGUGUAUGUCGAUAAAAGUGGCACGCACGAAUUUUGCGGCAAGCGUUGCCGGGACUCCUUUCAAGCAGGCGUCGGGGGAGCUCAAAGGCUUCAGCGCGCUGGGAUCUGUAAGCUCCCAGGAUGCCAGAAACCGGUCUACGUAGGACCCGAUGGCGUGUCGAGCGAUUACUGCUCUAGAGCGCAUCGCAGUCAAUGUGUACAAGACAACGACGAAUUAUGCCUCCUGUGCGAGCAACGGCCCAAGGCCACCAUCAACGGGAAAUUGAGCGAUUUCUGCUCAAAUAAAUGUAAAGAGGACACAUUUGACUCGGCUCCCAUCAUCUUGAAUGUUACCGAGAAGACGAAGACCUUCCAGGAAGUGGCGAAGCAGUUCACAGAUCAGUGGAAGCACCCCUCCUUCCGUAUUCCUCCUGUAGUCAAGAUAUGGAAGAUCUACUGUGACAAAGAUCACGCCGACCAGUUCAUGUCGUACAAGCACGAUGUCGAACGCAGCACCGGCAUCGCCGGGGGAAAUAGCAGGCGACGUUGGCACGGCACAAUCCGGACUUGUACCAUCGGCGAUAGCGGUAAAGACUUCAGUCUAUGCAAGGACCCCAAUUGCUCGCUUUGCAGCAUUAUCACUACGUCCUUCCGCAUCGUCAGAGCUGGCCAACGCACGAACUUUGGCCGCUUUGGGGCAGGGAUAUAUACCUCUGCGACAUCGUCGAAAUCGCAUGACUACGCUCAACAGCUAGGCGGCGGCUCGAAGUACAAGGCGAUGCUACUUACCGACGUCGUGAUGGGCAAGACGAUCAAGCUGACAACAGGAGACCCAUCCUUGACUGAGCCACCGCAUGGCUACGAUUCGGUCGUCGGCGAGCCUGGCGGUGAUUUGAACUACGAUGAAGCGAUUGUCUACAGGGACGACGCGAUUCGACCUCUGUUCUUAGUCAUCUACGACGGUUGAUUUUUGACUCCGUCCGCUUUGCUGCGGUAUAGCACUACAAGAACUGUAUUCCGCCGCGGCCUCGCAGCUCUAGUAUGUCAGUUUGGGUGUAGUACGAAUAUGAUACUUGCUGGACGGCCGCUCA